CCAGAGAUGAUUCCGUUGGCAGGUUGGGACUCUGGCAGGUUCAUUCGGCACUUUGGUGACCCACUAGUAGCUCCCUUUGGUGCUGGGCAGUCCCCUAAUGUCUCCAGUGGCUGUGUGCUUGAUAUUCCUUGGGAGAUCAUUUUUUGGUGCUGGGCAGUAGCAGGUCUGUUCCUAUUGGGCAGUAGCCGCAACUGA